AUGAGUACUUCACAAAAAGUCCAGUUUCCUAAUUUUACAGUCACAGAAAGAGCUCGACUGAUGAAUAUAAUUGCAAAUAAGCACGCUUCCAUUAUAGAAGAGCGAGCAUCAUCUGUAUUAAAGGAAAAAGCCUGGCAAGCUAUUGAGAACGAAUUCAGUGCAUCUAGCAUUAAUGUUUGUAGAACUGAAGAACGAAAAGAAACUAUAUUGAUGGGCUUCCUGAAAAAAAAAAUAAAGGAGGAAUCCGACGAGGUUCUUUUAUCGAUACUUAAUAAAAACACAUUGAUGGGGAUCCAUAUUCCCUACGACGAUGAUGCUGAUGAAUCUGUUAUCGAAAAUCAGAAAACAAAUGAACUUAUAUUAGAAUAUGUAAAUGCAGUAGAUGUACUGGAAAAUAAGCCAUCAACUUCACAAACAGGUGCAGGUACUGAAAAUUGUUUUCAGAGCAUGGACAGUGAUGCAGUAACGGAACCUUGGAAAAAGUAUACAUCAGUACAAUUAUAG